GAAAGGACUACAUAACUUCUGUUCAUAAGAGAAGAAGGAGCUGGUAGCUGCUGAAACAACCCCACACUUGACAACUUGUCAGGGGCGAAUCGCACAAAAAUCUACACAAUCCAGUACUGUGUGUGAUAACACUAUAUCAUUUCCUCUUUGGUCACACUUAUUCCCUUAAGAAAGCGUUAGACAACCUCAAGGUGACGCACGACCUCUACCUGAGAUGAAGAAUACGGCCCCGUGGUUAGAUUAAACUUCAUGCAUUAUGUAUUUUUAAUAGUGACCAGUCCAGAGGCGGUUAAGGAAUAUAUGAUGUCAUCAAAAUAUCCAAAGGAUCCGGACACCUACAACCGGCUGUUCUAUAUAUUUGGCAAGAGAUUCAUGGGGAAGGGAUUAGUGACUGAUCCAGAUCAUGAACACUGGUAUAAACAGCGACGCAUCAUGGACCCAGCAUUUAGCAACACGUAUCUCCGGGAGAUGGUCGGGGUCUUCAAUGAAAGGGCGGAGUGCCUGAUGGAACGAUUGGCUGAGAAAGCAGAUGGGAAACAGCAAGUGGGUCUGCACUCAAUCAUCAACUGCGUCACCAUGGACGUCAUCACCAAGGUCGCGUUCGGCAUGGAACUGGGCCUGACAGAGGGAAAUAAAAGUGAUUUCCCAAACGCAGUCGCUCUGGCUCUAGAGGGGAUGAUAAAAUAUAUGCAAAACCCGUUCAUGCAGUACAUGCCCCAGCACCGAGCAUACGUCCGUUCAGUCGAGGAAUGUGCUGUUCUGCUGCGGAAUACAGGCCGAGAAUGUAUCGAGCAGAGGAAGAGAGCGAAGCUGAAUGGAGAGGAACUUCCCAAAGACAUCCUGACCAAGAUCCUGGAGUGUGCGGAUGAGCAGAACGGGUUGGACGAUGAGGUUAUGUUGGACAAUUUUGUCACCUUCUUUGUAGCAGGACAAGAGACCACAGCAAACCAGCUGUCAUUCACCAUGAUGGAGCUGACGAGACAGCCGGAGAUCACACAGAGACUGCGGGCGGAGAUAGAUGAGGUCAUCGGCUUUAAAAGGGAUCUCAGCUAUGAUGACAUCACAAACUUGACUUAUAUGACCCAGGUGCUAAAGGAAUCUCUGCGCCUCUACCCGCCUGCCCCCGGGACAACACGUUAUAUAAAGGACGACGCUGUCAUUGAGGGCAUCAAGAUACCAGGAGGUGUGCCCCUCAUGUUUGACAGCUACGUCAUGGGCCGACUGGAGAAGUUCUUUCCUGAUCCUUACAAGUUUCAUCCAGAAAGAUUCAGCCCAUCGGCUCCCAAGCCGUACUAUUGCUACUUCCCGUUUGCGCUGGGUCCUCGCUCCUGUCUCGGUCAGGUGUUCUCUCAGCUGGAGGCUCGGGUGGUGCUCAGUAAACUUCUGCAGAGGUUUGAGUUUUCGUUGGUCCCCGGUCAGUCCUAUGAGGUGAUGGACACUGGGACGCUCCGGCCCCGGGAUGGAGUCGUCUGCACCCUGACCCUCCGCCCAGAAGCUUCUUAGUAACAGACGAUGAGUUUUCUUUGAAUCAAAGUCUCGCGAGAGAUGCAGCGAGUGUAUGUACUGUGUGGUGGCUUCCCUAUUCAUUAGGCCUCACAGAGGAGGAGAAGUUCUCUGAAACAUUGCCAGUGGCUACACCAUGUUUACUCCACAGUGAGGAAAAGACUAUGGCUGGGAUCAAGAGACUCCGUGCAGAGCAGAAAAUGAACGCAAUCCUGAUGUGCCGUGAAUUCUAGUGUCUACUACUGCACCUGGGGGAAUAUUAUGGUGGCCAAGCAACGAAGUUGCUCAGAUUAUUAUUAUUAUUUUAUUAUUAUUCCGCUGCAGAUUUCGUAUACUUACUUUGCAUAGUGGUAGACUAGUGAGCUGUGCAUAAUCUUAUUUAAUGUAAAGGUCAUAGGUCACAUGGUAAGACCGCCAUCUUGGUUUUUGUGGCGAUUUUUGCACAAUAUUCAAAAUAUCUUCUUCUCUGGAACCGCUAAAGCUACAGCUAUAGAAAUUGCUGUAUAUGGUGACACUGUUGUCCCGAGUCAGAUUUGUUAAUUACAAGUCCGUUAAUCACAUGGUGUGGCCGCCAUUUUGGAUUGCACAAUAUUCUACAAACAUCUUCUCUGAAACCAUUUGUUAGAAUAACUUACAAUUUGGCACAUAUGUCCAGGGAAACCUCCUGUACCAAGGUUGUUAAAGCUGGUUCAUUUGCAUAUUCAAUAUGACCACCGCUCGCCAAUAACAUAGAUAUUAUUGUCCUGGAUCGUCGCUCUCCAUCGCCGUCAUCACGUCGCUAGUUAUGCUGCUCCUAUUAGAUGACGGGACGGCGUGCGCGGCGACGUGAUGAUGACGAAGAAGAGAGACUGCUAUGCAGCGGGGUCCGGAACAUCAGGGACAGGUGAGUGACACUCACUGGACCCCACAGGGCCCAUUAAACAGCUAUCCUGCAGCAGCUGAAGCAGUCUGCACUGCCGGAUAGCCGUUUAUGCGAUGGCCCCGACAUACAAAGGUAUCGUAUGUUGAUGCUGCCUCUGAGAGGCCAUCGUAUGUUCAAAUUUUCGUAUGUUGGGGCCAUCGUAGGUCGGGGGAUCACUGUAUUGUGCUCAGUCUUUCUUACAUAAUGAUCCUAGGUCAGAUGAUCUGACGGCCAUCUUGUUUUAGGUUACAAUAUUCAGUGCCAUAUGCAAAGAUCUGCCGCUCUCUAAACAUUAAAUCUAGAAAUAUACAAAUUACUCUGUAGAGUUACUGUGCUGUAGAAUCGCAAAUGUUUACUUUAAGUUAUUUGUCCACAUUCAAUCAUAUAUAAUAGCCACAUAGUGUGCUGACAAAUGGGAAGGAAGAGGUUAACAUGUUCAGGGUUCUUUGGUCUUAUCAGGAGCUGUCAGUUGUUUUAUGACUUUACUCCUCUGACCUCUGACCUAUUCAUAUGCAGUUGUAGACUCCACAGUGAGAUACUAAUUCAGACUUGUUUAUAGUAAGACAGGUAAUCGCGUUUAGCAGCCAUACUGGAUUGCGCAAAAUUCUACUUAGUUUCAGAAAAAUAAUAAAAUUAGCACACAUGUUCCCAAUUACUUUCUCUACCAUAAAGGGUCAAAUCGAUUGUAUGCUACAACCAGGCCAUGCUGCCUGGACACCUGUAUCGCUGCUUGCAGCUAUAUUUUUGUGAUUUAUUUUUUUCGUCCUGACCACGUGUUUUGUAGAUGAUUGCAGCAAAAUUAGAUGUCACUUGUGGUUUAUAGUGUGUGGUAAGCUUGUGGGGGUAUAGGGUAUAUGGGGUGUAGCUGUGCAGUGAUGAAAGGGUCCUGGUUUAACCCUUAACUGUCGUGACGCCAGGGUGAGGGCUCCUCUGUAUAUGCUUGUCCUAUCGACACCUGUCCCAAGAGCGAUAGGGAGGUAUAAUAAAUGAUUGUCCACAACCGGAGGUUUCAGAAAACUGUCGGAACUUUUGCUGCAGGUUUUAUGCAGAGUUAAACAGGAACAGUCUUUGUACAAUCAGAGUCUAUGAGGAUCCUGACAGUUGGUUGGGACCUUGUGAGUUGUAAGCUCAGGAGAUUUAUAUGCUCUGUCCCGCUGAAUUUAGGGGAUUGAGUUUAGGUUAAGCUGUCACGCAGAUUUUAGCGGGUAGUUGUAUUAGAACUCACGGUUUGGUAUUAUCAGGCUUCGGCCCGGUCUUGUCUUUGAAAGUUGCACGGAUCUCUCCUCUCUGCUCGUCCGGAACCCAAGAGAGCGAGGAUUGGCUGCAGCUCUCUUAUAUGGGCAGGGGCUGGCCUUGAGCUCAUUGGUCCAUACCAACUGUCAUUCACUUUACACAAGGAAUUAUGGUCUAAACAUGUGACCACACAUGUGACCUAGGAAGGUCCUUUAACAUACCCUAAGAGAAUUAACAUUAGUCACAUGACCGAAGGUGUUACGACACUAUAUACACAAUUAAAUAUACACACACAAACAUCACAAAAUUAAAGAAGGAAGAGGUGACUAGGGGCUAUCCCACCAGGAGGACCCUACCGGAAUGGAGUAACUCUGACUUUGGGGACCACCAUACAAGGUACGGUAUACUAUACGGUACCGGGACACCACAAGUGGAUGGGAGUAUAACUGACAUUGGAGCACCCAGGUGUAUCAUUAACCAGUCUCAGUGUAACUUUUAUGAUAUAGACUCACGUAGAAACUCAGCAACUCCUGGAAAAGUUGGGGCCGCAUUUCGCAAUGAUUUUAGCUCAUCGGUCAAGUACGGCUGACAAUGUAUAGCAUUUGUGCCCAUAUAGAAAAACGGAUUUAACAUUAACCAUUGGCGAUUGCGCCAUCGCCUGGCUCUGCUGAGAACAGUAAUGUACAAAGGAGAGGAUUAGAAAUCAGUAACCUUUACUCUGGAUAUAUAAUGAACCGCUGAUGGUUGUUCAUUCCUUGUUCAUUCUCUUCUAUCCAACAGAGAAAAUGCAGACAACCUGUCAGAAAAAAAAAAAGAUCUGCCAUGUUGGAUUUAAUCAUAUGACCCAGCAGAAAUUUACCCCUAGGUUACAAUAGGUAAGAAGGGCUCCCCUUGUGGACAGGUAGAUGUUGGA